AUGACGGGCUUACUCUACAAAAUUUGUGGAACAAACACUGUGAACUUCCUCCAAAAUGGCUUCCUUUCUUUCUCACGGGUUUUUAUUUUCUGCAAAUUUCUUUCGUUCUUUUCUUUGUAUUUACGUUGUUCUUUUCUUUUCUUUUCUUUCUUUCCCUUUUUUUUUAUUAAUUUCUUUCUUUUCUUUUGUUUCUUUCUUUUCUUUUUUUUCUUUGUUUUUUUCUUUUUUUCUUUUUUCUUUCUUUCUUUUCAUUCUUUUUUUUUUUUUUUUCCUUUUUUUUUUUUUCUUAAACGAAGAAAAAAAUUUUCUUUUUUUUUGCUUCUUUCUUUCUUUCUUUCUUUCUUUCUUUCUUUUUUUUUUCCUUUUUUUCUUUUUUUUUCUGUCUUUCUUUUGUCUGCUUCUUUUUCUUUCUUUUUUUUUUUUUUUGUUUGUUUUUUUUGUCUUUUUUUUGUCUUUCUUUUCUUUCUUUUUUCUUUCUUUUCUUUUUUUCUUUUUUUCUUUUUUUUUUUCUUUUUUUUUCUUUUUUCUUUCCUUUCUUUUCUUUUUUUUUUUUUCUUUUCUUUUUUUCUUUCUUUCUUUCUUUUUUCUUUCUUUCUUCUUUCCCUUUCUUUCAUUCUUUCUUUCUACUUUCUUUUAUCUUUUUCCGUAUGUAAGGAACGUUGUGAGGAAACUUUCUUUCUUUUCUCUCUUUCUUUUCUUUUAACUCUUUCUUUCUUUCUUUGUUUUCUUUCUUUACCAAUUUCUUUUUUUUUAUUUUGA